AAUUCGUACUCUUACCCCAAUCAGUGAAAUAAUUAUACGAUUAGUCCUAACACUUAUAUCCAUUCCUUAUACCGAGAUAUUUACUUUUAUUUAAAUACUGUGCAAAAACUGAAUAAUAUCUCUUCAAGUGGCACAUGUGUUUUUUGAGUUAUUAGAAUUGUGAUUUUAUUUCAAUUAAUCAAAUUUGAAAUUUAAAUGACAUAAUCGGUCGGGAGUCGACCGCCUACCACUCCAAGGGUUAUAAAUGUAAUAGUCUAUACUUACUCUCUGAGUCUUACUGACUCUGGUCCAUCCACGUAAUAUGUAAAUACUUGUCCCCAACAAAUAUAAUAAAGAAAUUGAUGUGUGUCGAACUGCUUUCACUUUGCGUCUGCAGCUCACGUGGUUCCAAAAUAUCGACACAAAGGACAUUAAAUCCUGCUAAUACACACUUCGCUCCCAUCUCCUUGGCCAGUGAACGGCACACCGCAAUCUCAUACCCACAGCGCACUCUUACCCAGAAGAUACUUAGAUGUUACAUAUAUGCAGUGCCAGCCCUUGCAUGUUCAUUAAAUUACACCACUGAUAACGGGGUCUGUUUAUCACCAAUCGGUGCAAAUUAUAUUUCGUCAACUGUUCAUUAUUGCCAAGGCGAUGUGGCAAUUUGCAUGCGAAGUAUUCAUUUUAAACGGACGACCUUGGGAGUCACAUCUUUUUUUUUAUAAGACACAGUGCCUAAUUAUCAGAUUUACCUGCCAGACACACUUUGUAAUCGGACCAAACCGGCCAAUUUGUACGGAUACAGCCAAUAGUGAAUUCCGGAUCACAAAAGAUGCCUGUGGCGUGUACCUACUAGUGAAUUCGUGGAUUAGAUCUGUCUAUCUGAUAAAAUAAUAUAAUCGAGACACUGUUCUAUUAAAUAGCUCCAGAUUCCUAAGAGCCUACCGCGAACACCGAAGUUCGCAGGCUGCGGGCAUCUUUCUCUGUUACUGUAAUUACGGCUUAGGUAAUUCGAGUAAAAGAAAAAGAUGCCAGCAAUAGGCGCACUUCGGUGUUCACGGCAGGCCGUCUGCUUUCACCAACUUAUCUCUAGAAAACUGUUACACUGCCUAAGAUUAUUUAUUUCUCUAUGCCUUAAUUCUUACCAAAUCUUUUGCCACGAUGGUCUAAAUACGAUAUAUUUUUUAGAAUUGCCCUAAAACGUGGCUCAUAGAGCCAAGGCACCGUGAAAUUUUGUUAACCUAGUUAAUUCCAUACUUAAGUACCUUCCUUAGCCAGAGUUCACACGUGCACAAUGCUAGUGAGAUUUAACUUCUAUUGGAUAUGUUUCGCAUUCAGCAUCAGUGUAUUGUUCAUUCUUGCUGUAACACGAUAUGCAGACAACACAAAUCACCGUUCAUAUCCAGAGAGGCCGGGAAAUUUUAAUAAAAUCAUGACGAUAGAAGGAGAAGAGCAAUGGAACAUCCCCCACGUUGGCUUACCAAACAUUGAAGACAUACUCGAGGAGACUAGAGUGAAAAUUGCAUUAGAGUUAUCGAAUUACAACUUCACAAAUUCAGCGGCAAAAAAUCUACAGGAAUUGCUGUUGGAAUCUGGGGGUCAGCCUCUAAGAAGCCUCAUUAUAUCAACGUGGAGGUCUGGCUCGACAUUCUUAGGUGAUAUUUUGAACGCGAUGCCUGGAAACUUCUACCACUUUGAACCAUUUAUGAAUGUCAAAGCAUUUCAGAUCAGAGGCCCGCCAGAAGCAGAAAAAGCAAUUAUAUCAGUCAAGGCCUUGUUUAAGUGUAAUUUCGAUUCAUUUUUACACAGAUAUUUAGAACAGUACCUUCGUAAUAAGGUGACACCAUGGUACCAGUUCAAACACAAUGACAGAUUAUGGAAGCACGUUAAAUACAACAGAGACCUGUUUUUUGAUCCAAUGUUCUUUUCUAGUUUUUGUAAAUUGUUCCCCUUCCAAAGUAUGAAAUUGGUGCGGUUCCGGCUACGAGUGGUGAGGGACGUUCUGGAUGAUCACGAACUUAAUGUAAAAGUGGUACUGCUGGUCCGUGACCCGCGGGCGGUCAUGCAGUCACGGCAAGGCAAGGGCGUGGAGUUUUGUAAGAAUACAAGCCCAGAUUGCUCGCAGCCUGAACUGCUCUGCGCUGACAUGAUAAGCGACUAUAUAGCUGCGAUAAAACUCCAGCGUCAAUACCCAAACAGGCUUAUGGUACUACGUAUGGAAGAUUUAUCUUUAGAUCCCAAAAGCACGACGCUCCGACUAUUCAAGUUCUUAGGGCUCAGCAUGACGCCCGAGGUUGAGCAGUUUCUGGACUCGCACACCACCCUGCAGGCGGGGGGAGCCUACGAAACCUUCAGAGUGUCCCGCGAUGUGCCGUUUAAGUGGAAGAAUAUUUUACACUAUGACUACGUCGAGGAGAUACAGAUAGCAUGCAAGCAAGCUAUGGAGUUGUGGGGAUAUCGCUCGGCGCACAACGCUACGCACAUGGCAAGCAAGGAGUUUUACCCACUGGAAACCUUAAAUCACUCGACGAUUUUAGGAAGUAAAUGAAAAAUUACGUUUUUUUAUUGAUAAAAAUAUGCAUUUUUAAUACAUUUGAUGUGCGUCUG